AUGAGAAACACUCAAAUCAAACUUGAAGAAAAUCCAACAAGCGUUUGGUCGAGACCGCGUGACAAACAAAUCUUCAGACUGGGGAAAUGUUGGAUCGUGGAAUUAAUCAAGGCCUUGCUGCGUUUCGUGAAAGAGCUGUUGAUUUUACCAGAAAUGGUGAAUGCUGUAAUAGACGAUGGUGAAGAUGGAAUGAAUGAAAAUGGAACAAAAGUAGAAGGUAAAUGGAAAAACCACAAGGGCACAUAUCUUCAACUGGCUAUUUUUCCACUUCAACUUCCACUUGAAGGAUCUCUAUUUUGA